UCAGCGCCUGGCCAUCGUACAAGUAUAUUGUGGAGUCGUCAGUAUGGAUGGUACCUCACAUCCAAAGGACUCGAAAGACCAAACAUCCUCCACUCUAUAUCUGUGUGCCUAUAUGUGUUAUAUAUACGGAUAUCGGCUCGAGGACGUUUUGGAUCUGGAUUUGAUAGACGUACUAUGGAGACAGGACAUCGACUUGGGAGUGGGGAAGGAGGUGUUCGAUAUCAACCUCCGACAGGAGUUGGAACGAGAACGGGAAUUGGAACUCCAGAAAGACAGGCAGAAUCAAAAAGAGAGAGAACUGCUACAGUGUAAACAAGAGGAACAGAGGCUACAACAACAAAGGAGAUGGCUGACGGAAAAUUUUAUGCAAGAUACAGAAACAGGUGAAUGGGUACCUCUAAGAGGGAGGUCAGCGAGUGGACAACCUCCCAUUCCAAAUAACCAGCUUCAGAACUUUAUGCCAUAUGAUAACAAUAUGACUGUGAUGAGUGAGCCUCCACCAUUGGAGGGAGAUUAUUGCAUGCCAGAACAAUAUCAGCACACAUCACAAAUGAUGACGCCUCCUCAAGCUCCACCCUCUCAGAUGAUGACAGGCUUCGGACCUGACAUGGUCAACUACACAGCCACACAGCAGAAUCGUGAGCAAUAUACUCCAAUGGAAAGCCUGGAGGAGAGAUGGCAGGAUCUUGUUAACCUGCUGGAACUGCCAGAAAAUGAUACAAGUACGAGGCCUGCAAUGGGGAUAGGCUCUGUGAACCAGACUGUUGUGUCCCCCACAGACAACAACAGCUCGGUGUUAAUACAGAAUGCUACCCUGCCUGUGGCCCCUCAGCUCAACAACUCACUGCCUACACCUUACUCCAACACAACUAUCCCGCAGCAGUCAAUGAAUAACUUCACAUCAACGUCUUCUAGUGAGGGAUGCCCGACCCCUCUUGACUGGGAGCGAAAUGAAUUGUUCUACAAUAAUGGAAAUGCUAGUGAAAACCAGACUGACCCUAUUGUGGAGAUGGAGAGCAUACUGCCCGACAUAAUCCCUGAGGACGGACUGGAUGAAUAUAACCUCACUGAGAUGGCUCUCAAUGACGGUUUACGGUCCAUGAGGAUGCUGGACGAUAACAGCAGUGAGUCCGGACUAUCACAGGAGAGUUCAGACCAUGAUCAGUUCAGUGAUGCAGCCUUGUCUCCGUUUGACGGUCUGGAGGGUGCUACUGGCGGCCACGACUACAGUGGAGGAUCACCAAGCUUCAACAAAGCUAGCAGCUUCGAGAGUAACAAUUACAGCAAAUUCAACGGUGGCAAUGGCUUCAACAAUGACGGAGACAAUUAUAACAGUGGCGGUGAUAGUUACAAUAGUGGGGGCGACAGUUAUAGCUCGGGGGGUAGUUCUAAUGGUGAUGGUGCCAACAGCUCAUCCAACGAUACAGACUUCAACUUCGCACCAACCAAAACAAAUCAUAUUGGUCACAAUCACUCCUAUCCCCUACAGCCUGGACAGUCUCCACGUGAGUACAAGAAAUACUGCACCUCUGCAAAGAAAGAACCUCGCCACAAAGGCCCUCAAUGUAAGGAUGCGAAACGGAUACAAGAGUUACAAGUGCCGUUAACAGUGGAUGAAAUUGUUGACGUUCCCGUUGAAGAGUUCAACGAACUCCUUACGCAAUAUAAACUCACAGAACCGCAAUUACAGUUAAUCAGAGACAUUCGGAGACGGGGAAAAAACAAGGUAGCUGCUCAGAAUUGUCGGAAAAGGAAGUUAGAUGUUAUUGUCACUCUUGAGGAUGACAUGUCGUCUCUCAAAUCAGCUCGAGAUCGUCUGCUGCAGGAACGGCACACCAUCGACAAACAGACCCGUGAAAUGAAAGACAAGUUCAGUUCCCUGUACAGGGAAAUUUUUCAGUCUCUACGCGAUGAACAUGGUCGUCCAUAUGAUCCUCAUUUGUUUUCCCUACAGCAAUCAAGUGACGGAAAUGUGUUCCUCGUCCCCCGAAACAUCACAGCAGAUGAACAGCAGGCUAAGAGCAAGAAGAAGAAAAAUGAGAAAAAGUGAAUGAUUUUUCAGAGCUCAAACAGCAGUUUGCCCCACAGGGUCAUGUGACUUCUGAGUAUAUAGUGCUACAACCUAAACUAUCGGAUUUCAGGGGCAUAACACUCAAAACAUUUGGUCCCAUUAACAUUUAAUCUUGUGAAUCAGCAUUUAAAGAGAAUCUGGAUAUAACAUGUUGUAUGUGGGCUUUAAAUGCACUGUGGUAGCCACAUAUCCUUUCUUUGUAGGAAUAGAUCAUGAAAAAUCAUCUAGGAUUAACUUCAGGAAAACUGAUUAACUAAGAUUAUAUUGCAGGGAAUGUUACAGUCGACAAAACUGCAGAACUUUCUAAAGUGUACAGGGUAUUAAAUAUCAUUCCACCAUCAGAAUUUUGAUAGACUGAUCAAAAUAAAUAAUUUCUAACAAAUCAGCAUAAACAUAUGUAGAUUUGAGAAGGAAUAACUUAGAGUGAAAUGUGAUAGAGGUGCUUUGUUUAUGGAAUUCAAACCAAUUUUUUUGGUGAGGUAUUAAUUUCAAAGUAAAAAAUUAACUUAUAUAUGGAAGGUCAAUAAUUU